GCCCCUCGACACCAACCGACACCCAACUAUCCCCAGUUCGCAGGAAGUGCAGUCCGCCUAUUUCCAGCAUUCAAGAUGGCCCGUCGUCCCGCGAGAUGUUACCGCUACUGCAAGAACAAGCCCUACCCUAAGUCCCGGUUCAACCGUGGUGUUCCCGACCCCAAGAUUCGUAUCUUCGAUCUCGGUCGUAAGAAGGCCAACGUGGACGACUUCCCCACCUGUGUCCACCUGGUCUCCAACGAGUACGAGCAGCUGUCCUCCGAGGCUCUCGAGGCCGCCCGUAUUUGUGCCAACAAGUACCUCGUCAAGAUCGCCGGUAAGGAAGGCUUCCACCUGCGCGUCCGUGUGCACCCCUUCCACGUCGUCCGUAUCAACAAGAUGUUGUCUUGCGCUGGUGCCGAUCGUCUGCAGACUGGUAUGCGUGGUGCCUUCGGUAAGCCCCAGGGUGUUGUUGCCCGUGUGAACAUUGGCCAGGUCAUCCUGUCCGUCCGCACCCGUGACGCCAACCAGGCUACUGCCAUCGAGGCCCUCCGCCGCUCCAUGUACAAGUUCCCCGGUCGCCAAAAGAUCAUUGUCUCCAAGAACUGGGGUUUCACUCCCGUUCGCCGUGAGGACUACGUCCAGAUGCGCAACGAGGGCAAGCUCAAGCAGGAUGGUGCUUACGUUCAGUUCCUGACUGGCCACGGCCAGAUCGCCCAGAACAUGCGCCGUUUCCCCACUGCCUACGAGAACCUGUCUCAGGAGGCUUAG